AUGGAAGAGCAGUCGCCCGGCAUGCGAAAGACUAACAAUGAACUGACUCCAGACAACACCAUAGCUGAUACAGACACAAAACCUGAUAAAGAACAAACAAAACCCAAAACUGAUUUCAAAGCAAAAACAGAGGAGGAAAAAGCUAACAUUUUAGAUAGCAAAUUACUUGAAAGCUUGUUGAAUGGUAAGCUUCAUAAUAAAAAGCCAGAAUGGCAGACAGAUCCGUUACCAGCAAAGGUUUUGGAAGAGGUGAGAGCGCAUUUUGAAGAAAAGGCAAAAUUAUUCAAACCUUUUUCGCUAAGGAAAAAGGUGAAGUUAGAAAGAGUGGGUAAAGUUGUGAAGUUGGAUGAGUUACACAGAGAGAGAAGGAGCAUAGAUACUGGUGCCAAAGAAGAAAGAAUAGAAAUUGAAGAAGAUUAUGAGGCGUUUAUUGAGAAAACAACCUGUCAAUCGGACAACGACCCCGGCUUCUUCAGGAUGGGCAACCUUUCCGAGCCCUACCCAGCCUGCUGCCCACAAAGGAUAGACAAUAACAAUCGAUAG